AUGGCAUACGAAGUCGAAGAUGAGAUUGAUUGGAGUGACGGCACCCUUGACGAACCUCCCUCCACACCCGCAGGCCGGUACUACCUCGCCGGCGACAAGCGAUCGUGUCCCAGGUGCGGAAGCAACAAGGGCGGACUAGGCAAACCUGCGGUCAUGGGUUUCUACCUGCCGCUCGGCGUAGUCAUUCGGCAAGAAAUGGCAGAUGGGGAGGCGAAGUGGAAGCCGCGAAAACCGUACAAGAUGCGUGCUGGCACGGCCCGAGAUACUAUGAAGAAGAAGAAGAAGAAGAAGAAGAAGAAUGCGGACUCAUCGCACAACCAGAUUGCGUCGCGGAAGCACUGGGCGGCCAUUGACGCAGGAAAGACGACGGACGGGGCGCUUGCGUGGGCGGUGCGGGCAACGGAUCGCUGGCUGGACGAGUGGGAGGAUGAGGCGGGCAGGCGGGCAGAGGAGCGGGAGCUGGCUCGGGAGAACAGGGGAGCGAAGGGCACGGGAGCGAAGCCGCUUGCGAAGGCAGCAUGA